CUGCAUCUUCAGCAACUAUCCUAGUAUCCAAGCCUUGUGAACCCUCAUGGUAGAGUUCGGAGCAUCCACAAUCAAUUACGUUAAGUGGUUGAAGCAGAAUGGCGUCCACUUCUGUAAAGACUGUCGCAUUAAAGACUUGAGACACAAGAACGAAGGAAGAGGUAUAAUUGCUGCGCAAGACAUCGAAGAGCAUGAUACCAUUUUUGAGAUCCCACGGUCGGUGGUGUUGAACUUAGAGACAUGUAGCUUGGUAAAGGAGCGCCCAGGUGUCAGAGAAGGCUUGGAGCUGUUGAAUCAGUGGGAAGCAUUGAUCAUUAUUCUUUUGUACGAACUUAAGGUCAAAAAGGAGCACAGUCGGUGGACACCUUACUUUGGCGUGUUGCCAAUUCUCGACGAAGAAAACUACACCUUCAACCAGUUGAUGUUCUGGUCCGAUGAUGAGUUGGAGUAUCUCAAGCCGUCUCUCAUCAUACAAAGAAUUGGUAAAGAUAUAGCCGAUGGCAUGUACAACAAGCUCUUCCCCAGAGUGAUCAAACAAUUGAAACUCGUCGAGUUGAACGACACCACCUUGUGGGAAUAUCAUAAGAUAGCUUCCUUGAUCAUGUCGUACUCGUUUGAUCUUGAAAGGUUGAACAGAGAUGGUGUUGUGAACGAUGAAGAAGACGAAGACGAAGAUGAGGGAAACGAAGAGGUGGGCAAUGAACCCUCCUAUAAGAACAGCCCGGUAUCUCUGUCGGACGAAGAAUACCCCGACAGCUGGAGAAAUGACUCGUUUUUAAAGUCUAUGAUUCCAAUAGCGGAUACUUUGAAUGCUGACACAACUCUCCACAAUGCUUCGUUGGAGUAUUUACAAGAUAAACUUGUGAUUCGAGCCAUUAAGCUCAUUAAAAAGGGGGAGCAAGUGUACAAUACGUAUUCGGACCAUCCUAAUAGUGAGAUCUUGAGACGGUACGGAUAUGUAGAAAGGCAAGGUUCGAAACAUGAUUUUGGCGAAAUCACCCUAGCGUCUAUCAGAGAUCAUUUCAGCCAAUGCUCCAAUCCUAUUAUGCAUGAAUUUUUUGACGAAAUCAUGGAUUUAUUCUACCGAAUUAUCCAGGAAGAGAGUAGCGAAGAAGAAGUGGUGGAAUUUGUGCUAGAUUCGUAUGACUGUUUUGCUUCCAGUGAAGUCAUUAUUGAAUUAACCAUUCUACUCCAAUGCUUAACUAUCAUCGGCUCUAUUCACUCGUUAAAUUCUAUGGAAACGUUGACGGUGGAUUCUAAGUUCCAACUCGUACGUAGGAUCCACAGAAAGUGUAUUCUGUUGAUAGAAUCCAGAAAGCUCACCAAGUUGUUUUUGGCCAACUACAAAGCCAUCCUCGGCAACCGAAUGAGCGAAUAUCCUGCAAUUGCUUCCGAGGACUUUCCUGGCUCUUUCAAGUUCACCAGACAGAAUAUGGCCAAUGUUGUGUUGAAGUCUGAAUAUACUUCGUUGAGGAACUGUCUCGACGUUGAAAAGACCUUCACGAUAGACGAUAUAAAAUACCAAUUUAUAGAUGACGAUAAACUUAUCAGAAACAUUGUCAAGAGAAAAUUUGAUUUGCCAAUCCCAAAUUCUCCAAAGAGAAAUAAGAGAUAACCCUUAAGAUAAGAACAUAAUGCGUUAGGAAUGUUGAAUUUUAAAGCAAAACUAUUUUAUUAAUGUACAUACCAAUAUUAGAAAAUGUUGGUAGAAGAACUAAAUAUGUUUCAUAACGAGCGUUUUAAGGUAAGGGUCAAGCAUUGUCAGGUAUCCUUGAAGAACAAUCAAAAUACGUUGAAUUUAAAGUAUCGACUCUUGAGUCAGUCGAAAGAGUAGAAGCCUUUCGUUGUCUGGUUUCUGGUCUCUUUACUAUUAAAGGUCUUGGUCUGGAUACUUCAAAUCCUUUAACGGGUUCUUUCUUUUUGAAUAUCGAAGAGAGCUUAGUUUGGGUCAUUUCUAGUGUUUGUCGCUUAGGAGAUGCCAUUCCAGUAAUAGGAACAUCUGAUGGGAUUGCUAUUGACUCUCUCUGUUUUCUGGACUCCCAAAGCUCUUUGACGUCCUGAUCAAUAUCGUCGUCGACGAAAAACUUUUGGUAUAUC